AUGGAGGCGGCGCGGAGGGAGAGGAGGCACCACCGGAAGGCAGCCGCGGCGGCGGGAGCGGCGGGCGUUGGUGGCGGAGGAGGAGGAGCGGCGGCGGCACGGGCGGCGUACGGGGACGUUUUCGGCGGGCCGCCGCGCUUCGCGGCGCCGUUCGGGGGCGCGCCGCUGGACUACGCCGAGGUGUUCGGCGGCGUCGCCGCGACCUGCUCCAUCCCGUACCUCGACCUGCCGCCCGCGCCCGCCUCCGGCGCCGGCGCCGGCGGCUUCUUCGCAUGCCGCGGGAAGGGGGACUACGGGGAGAUCUUCGGCCGCUUCGACUUCGCCGACUUCGCGCUGCCGUACGAGGACCUCUUCGGCGCGCCGCAGCCCGAGCCCGAGCCCGAGCCCGAGGCUGCCAGGGAUACGGACCCGGAGGUCGCCUCGUCCAGCGGGAGCUCCACCAGAUCAUCGUUUAAAAAAGAAUCCUGCCAGCUGGAGGACGAGCCUUCUAUACUUCAUCAACACUAUCAAAAUCUGGAUCAUCGCCAGCACUUUAAAGACCAUAAGUUUUCUCCAAUAUCCUUCUCUCCAGACACAGAAAGUCCGCAGUUUGUGGUGUCAUAUAACAAAACUACUGAGAGGAGACCCGAUGAUCUAAUUGAGAUGACGACCUGCACAGCUAAACCUUCGUUGGACUUUGUGAUUGAUUCUCGCAAUUUGUCACAUGAUACAGCAAUCAAUCAUGUUUCGAGAAUUGACAAUGGCACAAUGGCCAAUGAUGAUGAUAAUAAGAACCCAAACUCUGCUAACACGAGUGUGCGGAGUCCUGAGAGUGAUUUUGCAGUUGAUCAGAAGCAACAAAGUCCAUCGUGGACACCUAUUUCUGGAAGUAUAUCAGCAAAUGAAAACCACAAGAACUCUGAUAUUCAUUCAACACGCGGUACUGUAACACCUCCUGAUUAUGCAUUUCUUUGGGUAUCUGACAGUGAUGCACAGACACAACCAAUCAAAGUACAGCCAAUAUUGAGGCAGCAACCUAAACUGCUCAACAAGAAAGAGAGUGCAGCUAAAGGACGCGUCAAUAUUGUAAACCACAAUUGCUCUCCAACUUCUGCUGCACAUACCACUUCAAGUAGCAACAUGCCUCACACUGACAAGAAAGUUGAUGGCAAUCCAACUUCUGCAUCAGCAGCUAUGAAGGAGGCAAUGGAUUUUGCUGAAGCUAGGUUAAAGGCUGCAAAAGCAUUGUUAGAGGGAAAAGGUGACAGUUUUAAAUUGCGGAAGAAGCCAAGUCAUCUUAGAAGCACAAGGUCUAUGGAAAUCAAGUCUCCUAUUUCUGUAGAUGUCGAUACUUCCGAACAAAAACUAUCGGUGAAAAAGUCAUCGAAAGAAGAAAAGAACCCUGAUGAUUCUUUGUUUGACAAGCAUAAAAAGUUAAGUGCAGUCAGAUUUGAUCAUUUCGAUGACAAUGGGAAAAGGGUACUUCCAUUGGAGAAGCCUCAGCACAUGUUGCAACACUGCACUGAGUCCUGUCAAACUUCCAGUGAACUAGAGAAACUAGGCAACUGGAAGUCAGGUAAUGACUUUUUUGAGCUAUCCGGAGAUGAUCAGAAAUGCAAAACUGAUGAAGUCACAGAGGGAGGUGAUAAAUGCAAGCAAACGGAUCCCAUUACUAGUGUCAUCAAUGAUCAGAGGGAAACUGAAUUCAAUGCAGCAGACUCUGACUUGGACAGGUAUGAAAAACUAUGGGAGGUUAAUGAUGGCAGGAAUGUGGGGGUGAAACAUGUAAAUCUGGGGGAGAACAAGACGGCUCCAGUGGACAAAGAUAGGGUGUCUGUGAUUUUAGAACCUUCUACAGAAAAUAUGGCACACCAAGAGACUCAUAAUUCAAUUGGUGAGGGACUUGUAACACUGGAAAAUGCUGAGGAAAGCCAUGAUACUGAUAAAUGUAUUGAGCUUCCUACAAGUGGAGCCUCCACAAAGCUGGAUGUCUUCAAGGAUGUCUCAGGUUCAUUACCAGAGGCUUGCUCAUCAGUAAAUGCCAGUGAUCUUAGAGACCAUGGUAAUAUUAGUCCAAAUUUAAGUCCAUUAGCAGGAACAUCACAAGAGGACACAAACAGUAAACUGGCACCAGAAGUAUCUUGCAAUAGCGGGAUGCAACACAGUUCUCGGAGUAAUGAAAAGUUACAGGAAUCCUCAGGUGUAUCUAAUGUUGCUAUUUCCCAGGGAAGUAACAUUAAAUCAUUGAUUUUAGAAGAACUUAAAGAAUCUGAUGUAUGUGAUGCUUUCAUGAGGGGACCUAAUAGAAUUGAGCAGGAAGCUGAAAGUUAUGGAAGAGAAAAAUUCAGCUUUAUUGAUGGAUCGCUCUUGCUGCCAUCACACUUCCAUAACAAAGGAGCCAAGAUAAAUUUAGUCUCUGAAAAAGUACAGAAAUUCGAAAUUGAGAAGAAAGUUGGUCCAUGUGCACACCCUGAAGUAACAAUUGUGGAUCUGGACGCUGAUUGUCCUAAAGAUGCAAAUGAUGAUAUUCUACAAAAUGAUAACUUUGCAGACCCAGAAGAAUCAAACAUGCUGAAUGUAUUUGAGGUAGCUAGCAAGUUGAUCAAAAGAGAACUGGAUCAAGGAAUGCAUGGGUCAUUAGGGCAUGGUGAAGAGGAGAACAUGGAAGAAGGAAUGGAUGCAUUUAUCUCUGAUAUUAAUGGCAAAGAAGCAGAUGAAACCGCAUUAGAAAAUAGUGAGUGCACAGGUACUGAAGAAGGAUCUGCUCACUGUAACCUGGACCAAAAUUCAUCUGAAAGCACCAACAGGGGAAAAAAUGAUGUAGAUGCAAAGCGUGAUACAACUUGUGAUGAAGUUGGAUCUGAAUCCCUUUCAGGCGAUGAAGUUGUCAUCAAAGCUACAAGUGAUAGCACCGGAGAGGUUUCCAACAGAGGAGAAAGAGAAUUACCAACAGAAAGGUCUACAUGUGAAGAUCAUAAGAAGGCAAGCAUAAUGGAAGAAAAAGACACUACAGCAAGGAUAUCAAAGGCAGAGCAUGUACCAUCUCCCUUGGAGACGACGUGUGGUGUAACUAAAUCUGCUGAAGCUCCCACAUCAGUUCCUACUGGGACGUGGAAAAAAGAGGUACAUGGAGUUCAGAAGACCAAAGAGAGGGAGAACAUGACGACAGCAGAUAGUGCAUGUGAGAAGGACAAAGGGUCUUCUCAAAGAGUACAAGAGAAAAAAGAAAACGAAAGGAGAUUGGAGAAAGAAAGAGAACUUGCUGAGGAGAAGGAAAGAAGGAAAUUGGAGAAAGAAAGAGAACUUGCCGAAGAGAAGGAAAGAACGAAAUUGGAGAAAGAAAAAGAACUUGCCGAAGAGAAGGAAAGAAGGAAAUUGGAGAAAGACAGGGAACUUGCUGAAGAGAAGGAAAGAAGAAAAUUGGAAGAGGCAGAAAGGGAGAGGGAGCGUAAAAAGGAUAGACUUGCUGUUGAAAGAGCGACAAGAGAAGCACACGAGAGAGCAUUUGCCGAAGCUCGUGAAAAGGCAGAAAAGAUGGCUUUGGAAAGAAUUACUGCUGCACGGCAACGGGCAUCUGCAGAGGCCCGAGAGAAAGAAGAGAGAGUGAGUGUUGAAGCCGCUGCUCAAAGGGCUACUAGAGAAGCUAGGAUAAAAGCAGAACGUGCGGCAGUUGAGCGAGCAACUGCUGAAGCUCGGGAGCGGGCAAUAGAAAAGGCGAAGGCUGAGAAGGCUCUCGCAGAGGCAAGAGAACGGAGGGAACGAUACAAAUCCUCUUUCAAGGAGAGUUUUAAGUCCACCAAUCAGGAUAUUCGACAGGAGUCACAAUUUCAGAGGGCAACUUCUGGUAAUUUCAUUCGAAACCCAGAUUCCGGCAACAGAGCACUAGUUGAGGUUGAGUCCGCUUUAAGACAUAAAGCAAGAUUAGAGAGGCAUCAACGCACAGCUGAGCGUGUGACAAAAGCGCUUGCUGAGAAGAACAUGCGGGACCUGCUAGCUCAAAGAGAGCAAGCAGAGAAACAUAGGCUGUCUGAAUUCCUGGAUCCUGAGAUCAAGAGAUGGUCAAAUGGAAAGGAAGGAAAUCUGAGGGCCUUGCUGUCCACAUUGCAAUACAUUCUUGGUGCCGAUAGUGGCUGGCAACCGGUGCCACUAACAGAUCUCAUUACAGCUGUUGCUGUGAAGAAAGCUUACAGGAAGGCAACCCUUUGUGUCCAUCCAGAUAAAUUGCAGCAAAGGGGUGCUACAAUCAGACAGAAAUACAUCUGCGAGAAGGUUUUCGAUCUUCUUAAGAGUGAGAGCUCAAACCAACCUUGUGGUGUCUACAGUGGUACCCAAAUCCCAAAGAUUUGGUUUAGAAAAAUAUUAACAUUGGCAUAUUUUAAGCCCGGGAACAUCCUUGUUGUCGGCGCCGGCGGCGAUGGACGCGAGGCCGUCUCCGUUAAGAUAUGCGACCUCGGGCUCGCCGUCUCGAUCACCGACCAGCCGCCGUACGAGCGGGACGGCACGCGGCGGUACAUGGCGCCGGAGAUGCUCCUGGGGAAGCCCGACUACGACGCCAUGGUGGACAUGUGGUCGCUUGGCUGCGUCAUGGCGGAGCUCCUCACCGGGAAGCCGCUCUUCUACGGGGAGGACGACAGCGAGGUGCUCCGCCGGAUAUUCAGCGUGCUCGGCGUGCCGGGGCAGAGGACGUGGCCCAAGGAGCGGCUGUCCGCGGAUGGAUUCGACGUCCUGAAGCAGCUUCUCUCCUGCAACGCCGACAAGAGGCCGUCGGCGUCGGCCGCACUCCGCAGGCCGUGGUUCACCAAAGACAUCGACUCUACGGCUUCAGUUUCUCCUGCUGCUGCUGCAAAGAUGGUUCAAUGA